AUGUUGGCCCAGCAUGACUUCAAGUGCAUUUCUGCGCUGGCCCUGAGCGUGGUGCGUGCCAUUUUCGAUGGGCCGAACCACACCGUGCAUGUCGAGAACAUGUUUCAGCGUCUGAAAGAUUUCAGCCGCGAUGUGAACAACGGCAAUGAAUGUGUUCAAUCGGACCUCCUGAAAGACUUCCAGCUGCCAGAGGUCCAACCCAUCGAGGACAAGGUGCUGCCGGAGAGCAUCCGUAAGAGUUCACCUCAAGCUGUGUUGCUUUGGUCGGCGAAGAAGGCAAACGGCAAGGGCGUCUUCGUCUUCUUGCCCGACGUUUCCAAGUUCAAGAGCGACCUGAGAUGGCUGAAAGGAAAGCAAUACUUGGACGAGACGGAGUUUCAGAUGCACAUGGGCCGCGUUGAACUUCUUGCGGCAACCGCGGGUGCGUUCCGCUCAGCGUUGAUCUGUCUCAUCCAGAAAAGAGAUCCCGAUUUGGACAAGGCAGUUUGCGCUCUUGCAAGUGCUCGUGGCGAUGCAUGUUCCAUACGUGCUGUCGCCACGGCUUUGGCCGCGCCACGCUCUGAUGCACACCACACAAGGCGGGUCAGCCAGGCGCUGCUCAAGAUGGCUGGCAAAGGAGAUGUUGUUGCAAUCGAGGCCGUGAGUGACUGCUUGAAGCACGAGUCCAGCGUGGUUCGGGAGCAUGCCGUCAUUACGCUCAAGGAAUUGUCCAGUCCCGGAGAUGCGGCAGUGCUUCCGAAACUGGUGGCGGCUUUGGCGGACGAAGGGCUGAGGGUCCGCAUGGCUGCUGCAGAUGCUCUGUCCAAGAUU